GAACGAUAACAACUCACCUGAUUGUGUCGUCAUCCUGGGUAUAUAUGCUUCGAUGGUAUUGUGGGCCGUCUCACCAAACAUAUUAUUAUGGAACGGCUCAAGGCUUAUUUCCCAGGGGACAUGCACACUCACUUCAUACUGAACGCGUAAUUAACUCGAUACCUGUCGCAGUUCAAUUCCUACCACUCUGCGCAGAAUAUCGCAAGACUCGCAAUCAUGGCCAGCCAUCUGACCAGCAAUGUGACUGACUUGGCCGGAGGUGUCGAGAAUAUCGGGCACAACUCAGCCAACAAAGAAAAGCCGUUGCUCGUCUUCUGUGCCGCCCCGGUUGCCGGCCACACUCAUCCAAUCCUCCGAAUCGCCGCUGAGCUGGUCAAGCGAGGUUACGACCUUUGUUUCAUCACCGGGCCUCAAUUCCGCGACCAGUUGGGGCGGCUGGGCGUUGAGCACAUCGAAAUCCCCGAUAUGCCCUCGGAAGCCCAGGAAAAAGCGCGGCAGGAGAUUCCCGCGGGGCCCCCGAGAUUCAUUUGGGACUUGAAGCACCUGUUUCUAGACCAGAUUCCCUUGCAGUACAGCGCCAUGAAGGGCGUGUUGGAGAAGCUGCACAAGCGUGACCCUUCGAGACGGAUCAUCAUCAUGCACGAGACUCUUUACUUGGGUGUUUUGCCCUUCAUCUUCGGUGCGCCACUUCCGGAGGGAUUCACGUCCUUCCCCAAGGUGAUAAACCUCAACAUCGUCCCGAUAGUCGUCACGAGCAUCGACACGGCGCCAUUCGGACCAGGCCUCCCCCCCGACUCGACUCCCUCGGGCCGUGCGAGAAACAAGCUACUCUACGAGCAGAUGUCGGGCGGGCCGUUUGUCGACCUGACGGCGCACAGCAACGAGAUUUUCAAAUCGAUCGGCGUGACUUCUGAGCCGGUCGGUUUCCUCUUUGAUACGUGGCUGACCAGCUACGAUGUCACGCUGCAGAUGUGCCCGCCUAGUCUGGAGUACCCGCGAUCCGAUCUCCAUCCGAGCUUCAAAUUCGCUGGUUGCCUUCCGCCCCGGCCGCCCGGGCCCGACUACCCGUACCCCGAAUGGUGGAACGAGGUCGCAGCUAACACUACCGGCAAGAAGAUCGUUGCCGUGGCGCAGGGAACCGUCGCCGUUGAUUUCAUGGACCUCGUCAUCCCCACAAUUCAAGGUCUGGCUGGUCGGGAGGAUACCCUCGUCGUCGCAAUUCUGGGGUCAAAGGGCGCGACGCUACCCGACGAUGUGGUGGCCAACUUGCCGGCGAACGCGAGAGUCAUAGACUACCUGCCAUACGACGCCUUGCUCCCACACACCGACGUCUUCGUCAUGAACGGAGGCUACGGCGGGGUCAUGCACGGCAUCGUCAACGGCGUGCCCUUGGUGCUGGCCGGCGACACGGAGGACAAGCCUGAGACGGUGAUGCGUGCCGAGUGGGCCGGCGUGGCUGUCAACUUGCGCACGGGACGACCGACGGCUGAGCAGGUGGCGGCGGGGGUGGACGAGGUAUUGGGGAAUAACAAGUAUAAGGAGAGAGCAUUGCAGAUCAUGAAGGAGAAUGAGGACCUGGAUGCUAUGGGCGUUGUUGAGAGACAGAUCCGGGCCAUGGCUGAGCAGUCAAGUGGCGAGUCUUAGACGUGAGGUGCUCUCUCAACUUUCCCCUUCGUGAUGGCAGCCCUGAAAUAAAACCCCCCUUCUGAAACCUGAUUGGAUGAGCUUGUGCCUAGUGGCGUGAUAUUUUGACAGUGACAUGAACACAGCCUCAGCUGAAUCAACUAACCCAACCACCUCAACUCCUCGAGUAAUUAUCUAUAGGGAUCACCGUUGUCUAUAGCGUGAGAAAACACUGAUCGCGCAGGCCUAUAACAGUGUGUCGAAUAUGGAGCAGGUUACCAGGCGACGCUAGCUGGUUGGAGAGCAGCAUUUGUUGUAAUUACUACAGUAGCUCAUCCAGGAAGGAGCUCGAAUGGCU